UUAAAACUAAAAAGCUCUCUAAUGUGUCGAACCCAAACCCUCAGCCCGGCCAAUCGUCACAUUUCUACUCUCUCCCUCGACUCACGCUCCGUCGCUCUUCUCCCUCUCCGGCCGAAGCCUCUCCGCCGGCCACCGGCCGCCGCAGUUAAAAGCUUCUGAGGUCAUUUAUCUCCUGCCCGAUCCGGUCCUCUCCUCGCUCGUGGCCAGAGACUGCGCGUCGAAGAUAAGUGAGAAAUGAAGAAAGGAAUACACCCUCAGAUGCAAUGGAUAUCAUAUGUGACCCAGAGUGGGAGAUUGAUGAAUGUUAUGAUGACAAAGAUACACAAUACCGGCAAAGUUUACCAUUUCCGAGCAAAACGUCAGAUGGCUCAGAGCUUGGGGCAGAUUGCAAAAUUCAGGCGCCGUUAUGAGCAGCAGAAUGUUGAGGACAAUGAAAAGUAGUACCUUUGAAGGUCCAAAUAGGAAGUCAAAAUUGACCAUUUGUUUUCUGGGUUUGACCUUUUCAGCACGAGCACUUUUGAGUCUUAUGGGCAUUGCAUGUUUCCGGCCUUGCUUUUUAAUAAAUCCAGGGAGGAACCCUUUUCAUCAUUUUACAGAAAAUCAGAUAGAAAAUGAGAAGUGUAUCUGUCAAUAGAUUGUUCGGUUUGUCCUUAGUUUAAUAGAUUUUGUUCUUCCUUAAUGAUGUAUUGGAUUAUUCCUGCUGCUUUCAUUUGUCUGCCCUCCAUUCAGAUCUUGUGAAAGCAUUAAACUGGAGCUUGUCCUACAAAUUGCUAGAAUGCUGUUCAAU